AUGUGGGAUGGGAGCUCCUCCGCCUCGCGCGGCUGCAGCGCCCGCUCCGUGACCCCCGCACAAGAAGGCGAACAAGAAAGCAAUGAUCACGCCGCUUGCCACCAGAACAGCGAGGGCCUGCCGGGCUCAGAUCAGCAGCCGCAGCAGCCGCAGCAGCAGCAGCAGAAGGGCGUCUUCAUUCGAGGGGCGGAUCGGCGGGCCCUGCAGAACCUUCGCGUCGUCCGGCGCACCCUCGUCUACGCCAUCGGCCUGUCGCCCAACUUCGCCCAGGUCAACACGCUCAAACAGCCGGAGUACUUCGGCCAGUACGGCGAAAUCGCCAAGCUCGUCAUCAACCACCACGAGGGCGUCCCCCAGGACGACCCUCGCUACGGCUCGGCCAGCGCGUACAUCACCUUCCGCCGCCAGGAGGACGCGUGGGCGGCCGUCUGCUCCGUCGACGGCUUCCGCCUGAUGGGACGCACCAUCCGGGCCAGCUUCGGCACGACAAAGUACUGCAACAGCUUCCUGCGAAACCUCCCCUGCAACAACCCGGAUUGCCUCUACCUCCACGAGCUGGGCGACGAGGAGGACCGUUUCACCAAGGCAGGGUCCGACGAGGUCCAGCUUGGCCUUGCCCGGCACGGCUCCAGCUUCGCGUUCAAGGAAGAGGUUCUCGGAGACCGCGGCGACACGGCCGCCCGCCGGCCGACGAACCCGGUGUUUCCCCCGCCCUGCCCGAUGCCGCCGGCGCCGUACCGAAGAGCGGGCGGCGGGAAGCCCCAGCGAGACGGUGGAAACAUGGGCGGCAGGUACCAGCACCGGCGCGAGGGUGAGCUCUGCCGCCACAACACCGCGGGGGGGAACGCUCCUCCGCCACCAAAAGCACAACCGACGUUGUUGCCGCCCUCGCCGCACGACUGCCACCCUUGCCGGACCCGUGGCGGCGGGGGCGGCGGCGGCGGUGACUGUGUCGACUGCUUUGGAGGGGCGUUCCCGGGAGCGGAGGCAGCGAGGUGGGCGGGCGGCGGCGCCCCGUUGACGCCGGGUUCUCCCCUGCCACUCGACGGCGGCAGCCUCAGCCUUAGCGGCAGCGACGAGCGGCCACGCCGGAGGAGGCACCGCGGGCAGCGCGGGCGGAGGGGCGGGGCGACCGGCACGCCGGGGUUGGUGUGCCACGGUCACGACGCCUGCGGCGGCGGCGGCGGCGGCGCCCCGACGACGCCCUCGCAGCAGCAGUACGGCCACCCGGCCGGCGUGUCGAACGAGUACGGGGGGCAGAGGACCGCCGCCGGUCAACAAGCGAGCCACUUCGAGUUGACGGCGGCGGCGGCGAGAGCGGUGCCGGGGUCGCCGCCACAGGACGUGUUCCGACUGCCCGACCAUGCUUUCGACUGCUCCUUCGAGUUCGGUGGCGGCGGCCGCGGCGGCGGUCGCGCGGACGACCUUGCGACCGUUGACGGCAACCCGUACUAUCCCACGCCGCAGCCCGCUCAAGACUUCGAUGGCGGUGCGUACGGCAGCAGUGCCGGCUGGGGAAAGGGGCGCGGCUCCUCCCUGGCUACGCCGGAGACGCAAAGCAACACCUCCCCGUUAAACUUGUCGCCGCUGGACGGCUCGUCCCCUACUUCGGCCUCCGCCUCUUUCCAAGGUUUCGGCGGCGGCGGCGGCGGUGCCCCCGACCCGUCGGCACAAGAGCUAUGGAACCCAACUCAGUACCGGCACCCCGCGAGGCCAGCGCCGCCAUUCUUCGGGAUGAGGGACGCCGCUGAGGCACCGCAACAGCUGCAGAGAGACGCUGCGGCCGGUCAGCAGCAGCUCCUAAGGCAGCAGCAGCAAGAGCAACUGGUGAUGCAGAGGCAGCGGCAACGAUACGAGCUGGAGAGCAUCGCCGCGUUGAAGCAGCAGAUCAAACAGCUCCGGCGUGCCGCCGAGGAGGGCAACAAGAGCGGCGGGGUCGCUCUGGGGCACUUCGGCGGCGGCGAUCCGACCCGAUCGCGCGCGCCGGGCGUAAACGUGCCGGAUAUGAGCGGCCCUCCUCCUCCUCCUCGCGACUGCGGCAACCGUGGCUCGCACUCAGCCGCAGAGCUCUCCUUUGUGGAGGACCAGCUGGCUGCUCUUUCCUGGAACGACCGCGAGGAUAUCGCCGGUGGUGCAACGGGCGGGGGCACCAACAACACAGCCGGAACCCUGGUAUCUUCGGGCGCGCGGCAACAGGGCUCCUACGGUGCUGGGGAAUCGAUCCAAGGUUUCGAGGAAAGAAGCUGGGACGAAGACGUUGGUACGGCCUGGCCAGGGGUGCCGUCCCCGCUUGCUGGGUUUGGGUCCUUGGCCCUGCCCUCAGCGGCGUCUCAAGCAGAGGCGUCUGAGUGGCGUCGUGCAACUCCAAGGCUGUUCGCUUAGGAGACGACACCCGCCUCUUCUGGAGCAAAACACGAACUAGGAAGCAAGCACGUAUAAGCUAGAUUUUGUUCUUGUUUGUUCCUAUCCUGUCUUUGUCUCAUGACGUUCUAUGUACGAGGUCGGGGAUCGGCUCACACAGUUUUUGUGGACAUGAGGAGGACUACUGCGGGUAGAUUGCCCGUGGCUGGCUGGCUUUCCCGUGAAUAUUUGUUGAACGGUCAGGAUAAAAUGUUUUUUUGUCGGGGGAACGUCGCGUGUGGUUGAAGCUUGCGGCACCGUCGCCGUGGCUAUUUGAUAUCGCGUUUAGGGCUACAGGGCGUGUCAGCCACAAAAACGCGACGGCAUAUGGAAUUUCGUGGGGCUACAGGGCGUGCCAGCCGCGACAACGCACCGUUGCAUGGAAUAUUGUGGAGUUUGGGGGGGUGACGUGGGGGCUGGAGGCGGGGAGUUACCACAACAGGGUAUGUAGAAUCGGUGGCUGGCCGAGCUUCAUCUUGAAGACCGAACGACCCUCGUCACGAGGCUCCGUAAAGGGGUACGCUUGAAGAAUAAAAUUGUUGGAAAUUUUGCUGAGUCGAGGAACACGGGCAGCGUGGUAGUCGGCGAGAGGUGCGUGGGACCCCGUUCGGCGGCUACCAAGCCGUGGGCGCACGGUAUCGGCAAGCUCGGUGAUGACUGCGGGGAUAAUGCGUGUUUGCGGCACUUUGGCUUUCGGUGGUGGGUAGCCCUUCUAAAGAAGGUCCACGAUGGUGCAUCACGUCUCGCGUAGAAAUGACGAACGAGAACAUUCUCCACUGAUCUUACAUAUUCAGUGCGUUAGUUGGCUUUUGCAGUGCCCAGCCUAAUCGGGACGGAGCACGCUGGGUUCUCACCGGACCA